AUGUGUUACAACUACUAUGGUGGCUGUGGCUAUGGCUGUGGCUAUGGUUCUGGUUAUGGCUGUGGCUAUGGAUCUGGCUAUGGCUGUGGCUAUGGUUCUGGUUAUGGCUGUGACUAUGGAUCCGGCUAUGGCUGUGGCUAUGGUUCUGGCUAUGGCUGUGGCUAUGGCUCCCGCUACGGCUGUGGGUAUGGUUCUGGAUGCUAUGGCUACCGGCCAUUUUGCUACAGAAGAUGCUAUUCUUCUUGCUGGUAG